GUGAUAUUCGAACUAAAAUCAAAAGGUUCGAAGUUGAAGAUCGAUCUGAAACCCUAAUCCAUCUUCCUGUGAAUUUUCCGAAGAUCGAAGCUCUGAACGUUGAAAUUAGCGAUGCCGCAGAGACACUCGAAGAACAACAACGAUCUCGCCUUCUUCACCUACGAUGAGAAGCGCAAACUCGGGUAUGGCACUCAGAAGGAGAGGCUGGGUAAGGAUUCCAUUAAGCCCUUCGAUGCUUGUUGCCUCUGCCUCAAAUCCCUAAUUGACCCCAUGAGCUGCCAAAAGGGCCAUCUCUAUUGCAAAGAGUGCAUUCUUCAGUGCUUGUUGUCUCAGAAGAAAGACAUUCAAAGGAGGCUUGUGGCCCAUGCUGCUCAGCAGAAGCAAGAAAAAGACGAGGAAGAAGAGAGAUUGACAUUGCAAAAGGCUAAAGAGCUUGAAGCAUUUGAUCAGCAAAACCACGGUGCUGUGCCACAAUACAGUGAUAGAAAUUAUAGCCGCGAUAAGAAUGGUUUCCAUGGGGCAAACAGUGUAAAGACCACUUCCUAUGAGGAGGAAGCCCUUCGGACCAUGAAGGCAUUUUGGCUGCCUUCUGCUACACCAGAAGCUGCUGCGAAAGUAGAUGCACCUUCAACCAGUACAAUCUGUCCAGAAGGCAAUGAGAAACUGAAGUUAAAGACACUUUUCCCUGUCAUCUUCACUGAAGAUACUAGUGAGCCGAAAAAUCCCAAGGCUCUUGAUAACUCAUACAUCUGUCCUAGCUGCAAAGUUACUCUCACCAACACAAUGUCACUUGUGGCCAUUAGUUCAUGCGGGCACGUGUUUUGCAAGAAAUGCGCUGAUAGAUUUAUGGCUUCUGAUAAGGUCUGUCUAGUUUGCAACAAGGCUUGUAAAGAGAGACAUUUGGUGAAUUUGGAGAAAGGAGGGACGGGUUUUGCAGGUCAUGGGGAUCAUCUUGAAGCCAGAGACUUCAAGCAUUUGGGAAGUGGUUCUGGUUUGGGACUGGUUAGACCUGCAAUGAAGACUUGAAGCCAUAUUUGAUGUAUACUCAUCAUUAUCUGUCUUGUGUGUGAUCUAUAAUCGUUCGUGUAUUUUACUUUUGAUUUGUAUUUUUGUUUACUCCAAAUGAAACCCUGAUAAAUAACUUUAAAAGCAAGUUUGUUCCUUCAAUUA